AUGUAUUUAAGAAUUUCUGCCGACCAUCUAUAUACAGCUUUGCAUCAAAGAGGAAUUCACACCUUCAAAGAUGAUGAGAAACUUGAAAAGGGGAACUCUAGUUCACCCUCACUUCUCAAAGCCAUCGAAGAGUCGAUGAUUGCCAUCAUCAUAUUCUCCCAAAACUAUGCUGCUUCAUCAUGGUGUCUAGACGAGCUUGUUAAGAUCACUGAAUGCAUGAAAUUCAGGGGACAGAUUGUUCUUCCUAUCUUCUAUGAUGUGGAUCCCUCGGUCGUAAGAAAACAAAAAGCAAGUGUUGGUGAAUUUUUCGCUAAACAUGAGUUAAAUUUCAAAGAUGAUGAAGAAAGGGUGAAGAGAUGGCGGACAGCUAUGACGGAAGUAGCAAAUCAAUCUGGCUGGGAUUUGCCGAAUAUUGCUAACGGCAAGAUGAAAGAUCUUCUAUUUGUCAAGAAAUUGCAUUUACCCGUGUUGCUUCUAAGAAACCCGAGUCUAUCACAUUUAAGAGCUGAAUUCGAAAGCACUUACAUGAAGAUACAAAAAGGCGUACCUAUUUUCGAUCAUAUCAAUGAUUUUCGUGGUGUCCUUGAUCAACUGUCUGGAAUGGGUGUCAAGUUUGAUGAAGAAAUAGGUGGACUUUGGCUUCUUAAUACUCGCUGA